UUUAUUGUUAUUGUUGUUGACUGUUGUUGUUUUGACUCCUCCAGGUAAGGCCCUGACGUUCCUCCUCCUGCAGCCCCCCAGCCCCAAGAUGCCCCCCCACAGCACCAUCCGCCGUACAGCCAUAGACCUGAUUGGUCGAGGCUUCACCGUGUGGGAGCCUUAUAUGGAUGUGUCCGCUGUUCUCAUGGGGCUACUGGAGCUGUGUGCUGAUGCAGAGAAACAGCUGGCCAACAUCACAAUGGGCCUGCCCCUUAACCCAGCAGCCGACUCGGCCCGCUCAGCACGCCACGCUCUGUCUCUCAUCGCCACCGCCAGACCUCCGGCCUUCAUCACAACCAUCGCCAGAGAGGUACACAGACACACAGCCAUGCAGGCUAACUCUCAGUCGCAGCAGAAUGUCCACACCACCUCUCUGGGCCGGGCUAAGACAGAGAUCAUCAGGGUUAUAGAUAUCCUCAUUGAGAAGAUGCCGACUGACGUCGUGGACCUGCUGGUCGAGGUGAUGGACAUCAUCAUGUACUGCAUCGAAGGCUCUCUGGUGAAGAAGAAAGGGCUGAAUGAGUGUUUCCCUGCUAUCUGCAAGUUCUACAUGGUGGGAUACUGCGACCGGAGUCACCGUAUUGCCGUGGGGGCCCGCCAGGGUUCAGUAGCCCUUUACGAUGUCCGCACGGGCAAGUGCCAGAACAUCCAUGGUCAUAAGGGUCCCAUCACAGCGGUGUCGUUUGCUCCUGACGGGAGGUACCUGGCCACCUACUCUAACGCGGACAGCCACAUCUCCUUCUGGCAGAUGAAUACGUCUCUGCUGGGCAGUAUUGGCAUGUUGAACUCUACCCCCCAGCUGAAGUGCAUCAAGACCUACCAGGUCCCCCCAGUGCAGCCUGCCUCCCCUGGCUCUCAGAACGCCCUGAAGCUGGCCCGCCUUAUCUGGACCUCCAACCGGAACGUCAUCCUCAUGGCCCACGACGGCAAGGAGCACCGCUUCAUGGUCUGAGGGGGGUCAGGGGGACGAGGUCACUUGGGGUUAGAGGUUAAACGGUCACCACCAGGGGGGGGGGGGUCAACUAACUAACCACAACCAGGAAGUGAUUGAGAUGAAUCUAUCGUUUACAUUGAUUACUAUUACUGCCUGUUUCAUUGUCCUGUUGUUUAUACUGUUGUCCAUUUUGUUGUUUACACUGUUGUCCAUUUUAAUUCCUCCACUUGAUCUAAUUGUUGUUGUUCCUCUCCUCUGUUAUUUAAAGUGAAACACCACUAGUGUUGCUGUCUAGUCUGUCUCGGUCUUCUCAAAGCCCUUGGUGUGCUGAUUCGGCCUCUAGAUGUAAACUUUACACCUUUAAUAAAUUGUUGUGCGUGUGAUGGAGAGGUCAUGUGUGGACCUGCACUGAGAGGUGUCAGGUGUAAAAAGUGUGUGUGGGGUUACGCAUUUUGUCUUAACUGCACCAAGCAUCUGAGCCGUGUGUUAAAUAGGACACCCCCCUUUGCUCACCUCUACGGCAACUGACGAUGUACACCUUUAAACACUUUACCAAGCCAUUCUACCCUCCCGAAUGUUUAUAUUACACCCCAAAGAGAGGGACAGACGUGUUUUAAAAACGUAUCACUAUUAGGUCCGAGAGGAAGAUCAUAUCAUAUGAAGAAUAUAUCACUAUAAAGGCUUUAUCGUUGUUGCUGCUUGUUUUACUACGUACCUCUGUCUGUUCAUUAACUGUUGGAGACUGACUAGAAUAAUGUGGCAGGCUAAGAUACUCGUAUUAAUAUGUACAUUGAGCCAAGGAGUCCUAUUGGACGGCCACGACGUAGCAAAGACAAAAAAAACUUCGCCCUGAUCCUCUUAUUGCAGAUAUACUAGGUUCUGAGAGUACGUACAAGAUACUAGGUUCUGAGAGUACAUACAAGAUACUAGGUUCUGAGAGUACGUACAAGAUACUAGGUUCUGAGAGUACAUACAAGAUACUAGGUUGUGAGAGUAUAUACAAGAUACUAGGUUCUGAGAGUAUAUACAGAUACUAGGUUCUGAGAGUAUAUACAGAUACUAGGUUGUGAGAGUAUAUACAAGAUACUAGGUUCUGAGAGUAUAUACAGAUACUAGGUUGUGAGAGUAUAUACAGAUACUACUGUAGUUUCUGAGAGUAUGGAUAUAUUUUAGAGAGACUUUACAUUGACUAUAUAUCCCUGGAAUGUGUGCAGAUGCUAUUAUUUUCUUCUUGCUAUAAACCCCUGGCCCGGCAGCAGGCUGCGAGUGUUUUUAGGGUCCCUGUGAGUGUUUUUAGGGUCCCUGUGAGUUCUCUGCUCUGCUGCUGCUCUGCCUGCUCCGCUUUUCUCCACCUCAUCUCCGCUCCUGUCAAGUUCCUUUCAUUAGCCGUGUAAAAGCUUCUAACGCCAGAGAACACCUGCAAGCCCAAGCGUGUCAAAGCUUUUCACAAGUUCUCUCCACCAAAAAAAGUACUCCCCCCCCCCCCCCCCCCCCCACACAAUCUUGUCAGACUGCUUUUGAUGGUCUUGACUUGACUUCCCUCCAACCUUGGAAGCUCUUAAUCUCUUUCUCCUCUGUCCACCGUAAUAGCUUCAGAAAAUGUGUUUUUUGGCAGUUUCUCUGAGAAAGAAAAAAAAAACCUUGCGAUGGAAAGAGUCAAGUAGAGAAAAGUAAGUGAGAAAGACCCUAGAGGAGGAUUUCAUCUAAUGUUUCUUCCAGGCUGCCUUAAAUGAUGUUUUUGUAAAUCUUUUGAAUGAGAUGAACGGAACAUUGUAGUAUCAGUGGGUCUAACACACAACCUUGAGGAACUCCUUUUGUUAUAGUACGUCUGUUUUAAAAACAGAGCUGAUACUGCUCUCUCGGUGUUGUUUUAUUCCUGCACCGGAGCGUUUGUCUGAGGUGUCAAAAGACUUCAUACAUUGGCUGGUAACUAACCUGUUAGAGUGACAGACAUGUAAAAUACCGGUCAAAUGUUUUACAACACCUCACUCAUUCAAAGGUUUUUCUUUAUUUGUUUUACUAUUUUCUACA